UGUUUCACCUGUCCACAUUCGGAACUCGCUCACCGCUCAUGUUACUUCAAAGCAAAGCGUAGCCAUGACUUGUUUAGGAUCAUGGCCCAACUUUUACCAACUGAUUCUAGGGAUAUAUCAGAAGAUCCACUUAGUUUAGAGGAAAUUUUAACCGUGUUUAAUAAUCCUAUUAAUGAGGAGCAAGCUUGGGCCGUUUGUCAUCAAUGUGCAAAUUACUUUUUGUUGGAUACAGCACGGCGUACAUUUCGUGAUUUAUACACACAUGGAAUACGGUCCGUUAGAAUUAAAAAGGAUGGGGACGUGAUCAUAGACGCUACAGAGGUGGCUUUACCCAAGGUACCUCAAGUUCAUAGAAGAAACUCGGUGACAGGGAAAGACAUAAAAGUGGUUACAGAAAGUGAUGCAAUACAGGCCCUGGGAGUGGUUAUCUACCAUGCCCUGGAUUAUGGACUCCAAGAGUCUGAGGAGCGACAUCUCAGUCACAACCUUGAACAUCUUCUUGAGGUCAUGAUAAAUCCGGAUGAGGAGGAUGAUGAGGAAUUACAGAAUGCGUGUGAUGAGGGGAUAGAGAAAGAUGCCAAGGAGGGAUACACAUUUGCAGACAUUAUUGUGCUGUGUUCCCAGCACAUCUCUAGUGACCUCAAUGUGGGCCAGCACUACAAGGCGGUGUGCAAGGCCCUGGUGGCCGAGGCAGAGGAACUCCUCACUUUCCUUAACAGAAUCUCCUCAGGCAAGAAACAGCUGGAGAAGGUGGUCCAGGACGAGGACCAGGCCAGACUUGAGGAGCUACAGAGGUCUGAUUGGGCUCGAUUAUGGGUGCAGAUUAUGAAAGAACUAAGACGAGGGGUCAGGUUAAAGGCCGUGGAGCACAUUACGACACCAACAGAGUAUGAGUUAACUCCCUUUGAAAUCCUCCUGGACGAUAUUAAAUCUCAUCGUUACACACUCAACAAAGUCAUGGUUAAUGGAGACAUUCCACCCAAAGUGAAGAAAGACGCUCAUGCAGUGAUCCUUGACUUCAUUCGUUCUCGUCCCCCACUACACCCCGUGAAAAAGAGAGUGUUGAAUUCCCCACCCAAGAUAGAACUGCAGCCUCGGGAACAGAUCUUACAAGAAAUCAGGUCAAAACCCAAACUGAGGCCAGCCAAAGAGAGGAAAAUAGUGGAAACUUCGAGGACAAAGCUAAAUAAUGAGGAUGAGGAGGAAUGUCCUCAGCCGGUCAGGAAGGUCAUCAAGCCAGACUUCACACUCUUCCUCGACAGUUUUGAUGAAUCUGAGAAUGAUAAUGACUCCAGCAUGGGAUCCUCCCACUCAAGUAUCAGCUCUCCCUCUCCAGAAAAAGACAGCACCAGAUGGCGAAGGGCCGUUGUACGUGAUGUAGCUACCACUGAACGCCAUGGUAACCUCGAACGUCGUCACACAAUCAUGGUCUGUGAGUCACCCCAGGUAUUUCCCUCUACCCCCCGCAGCACAGCCCAGCUACAAGUAGAUGCCACAGAACAUAAAUUGCAUGAGUCUCGUGGCAAAUUGAGACGAUCUGCCCCUGUGUCUAAGUCUCGUGCAUGUGUGAAUGAUGUCAGACAGAAAAGAAUGUCUCUUCCAUUGCAUGGCAUUCAUGAAGAAGACAGUGUUGAGUUUAGGUCCUUGCAUGAUCCUGCAUGUGGUUUUAAUUCUGUUUCUGAGGAGAAUGAUAUAUCUGAAGAUUAUGUUUUUGAUAGAUCUCAGGGUUUACGCAUGCCUAUAACUCGCUCUCAGUAUCAGAGUUUGAAAAGAUCGGCAACCAUUACCGAAUCAGGAAGCAGUUCACAAACUAUUUCAAAAUCAAAAAGUUCAGAUGUUAAAGAAAGACCCCGCCCUAUGGUAAGGGCAAGGAGUAUUUCAGACAUGAAACCGUCAGUACUUGUGAGAGCAAGGAAUGUUCCAAGAUCUCAACAUGCUAAUGAAGUUUCCUCACAAAAGAUUGACAUCAAGGAAGGUGACAAACCUAAGACAACAGAGUUAGAAGACAGUUCUCCAAAGCCAAAACCAAGACCAGCACCAAGGACUUCCAUUACAAGGAGUAAUUCAUUGUUAACAAGACCACAGUCAGACUCUGAAACCAAAGAAGUAGACAGUGACUCCACAAGGUCUCGUGUGAUUUCUGAUAGAGAAAGCAGUAAAGUUAUUCCUAAAGGACACUCAAGUGUAGCUGAAUUAAAAGUAAGGAGGAAAUCUUCAGAAACUUUGUCCUCAGUGGAGGGAGAGACUUCAGGUGAAAGAGUUCGAAGGUCAUCUAGACACAGUGAAAAAUCUCCGAAUCGACGCAGUGACAAAUCACCAAGUCGACGCAGUGAUAAAUCGCCAAGACGACGGACUUCAGAAGGAUCAGGAGAGGAGUCAUCAAGAAGACAUCAUCGUGAAUCUUCUCCAUCCAGCAGAAGACACAGAGAUUCAUCAUCACCCAGCAGACGACACAAGGAAUCUCACCACAAAGAAGAGUCACCACGGCGACACAGAAGAGAAGGAAGGGAUGAAAGUGUUCAUAGUGAGGUUGUGAAAUCUGACGGCCGCUCACAUCAUAGUCACAGACACAGAAGGAGGUCUGAAGAGGAAGCAACUCAGCAAAAUACAGAAAGUGAUAAAUUCCUUAGACAAUCAAAAGACAGAGUUCCACUUCGACGAUCCACACAUGUCAGUGGAGAAGGACAAAGUGAAAGAUCUGUAACACCAGACAGGAAAUCCAGUAGUGAUAAAGGCCAUAAUAAUGACCUGGAAUCUCCAAAGCCGGAAGUGAAAGUGAGGAGGUCUGUUCAGUUAAAUCACAGUGAGGAGGGUGAGAAGCCCUCGGUUCAGUUGACUCCUCUAUCGCCAGUGAUAUCAUCAGCUGAGCCGGUGCAGAGACGAAGUAAACUUCAGGCUGUAAAUAGGUCUCAGAGUCAAAGGAACUUUUAUCGUCACUCCACAGACUUUAGUGGUAGCAGUGCAAUAAUUCCAGAGGUGAAUACAUCAACCUCUACCCCUGUCAGUAGGGGAAUAAUGCUUGGGCGGUAUCGGAAGGAAGCAGAGGAGUUACUGAAGCCCAUCCACCAGGAAGAGGAAGUGAAUUCAGAAAUCCCAGAUAAAGUGAAAGACAGGGAGAGUCCCGAACGCUCGCCUAAGUUGUCGGAGUUGAAUGUGUCUGAGUUGCUUCAUGUAAGUGACAGCCCCAUGUUUGGGGCUGUGUCUACUAACGGUGUUCCUUCCUCCUCAUCUACAGACUCUGACUCAGCUAAGUGGAAACAUCCCAUUGAGUGUUUGUCCUUGACCUUAGAGGAGGUCACUCACAUCCGACAGGUGUUAACAAAGGCUGAGCUGGAGACGUUAAUUACCAACCAUGAAAUGUACAAUCUGGUGUCCAAAGGAAAGGUGUGUUUUACCUGUAAGUUGGUGAAAUUUUCCAUGUUUGGUCAAUGGGGAACACGAUGUAAGAUCUGUAAACGCAAUGUGUGUAACAACUGUCUCAGAAAGAUGAACAUUCCUACAGAACACUUCCAGAAUAUUCCUGUACACACCCUCAGUCCUAUCCCGCUUAGUCAGGAUAUCCUUGACGUCCUCAAAGUCUAUGAAAGCACUGGGUCUGUUCCACACACACCUUGCUCAGAACGGAAGGCUCAACCUGAGAUAGAGAAUGUGACGCCAAAACGGAAAUCCCUACAGAGGUCCCACACAAUAGGGGCGGGGUCAGCCCCCGCUCUGCCAAACAAGAACCUGCUGAAGGGUCCCCAGAUGAGUGUGUGUUGUGACUGUAAAUCCAUGAUCAUGGAGAUCAUUCGCUCCAGUAGGACUUCUAUUGCUCGUAUUAAUAAGGGACAGGGAACUCCGCCCAGCCCCGACCAGGAAGAGGAAAAGGGGGAGGGGCUUAAUCUUUCCACAUUGUCUCUCAAUAUCAAGCAGUUUUUCAAUAAGUGAAAUGAAAAUGACCUAACUGUUGAUAUGUGUUUUAAUGAUCUGUGCAAUUUUUAAAUUUAUAAACAUUUUUUCAGUCUAAAUUGUAAAUAAACAAAAAUUUGUAAUCAAAUACAGAUGUCUUCCUGUAAAUUUUAUCAUUUUAAAUCAUUGCUAUGAAAUUAUAGCAUGAAACAUAUAAUGCACGUGAGUCAUUAUUUUAUUUGGUAUUCUUAAUUUGUUCAUUGAUUACCCAAUAUCAUUAUGAAAAAUUUCAGAAAGAUUAUAGAAAUUCUGAAUGAGAUUAAGUAAGGCUUAGAAUGAUAUUACAUACACUAAUCAGAGAUAUUAUGAUAAAAGGUCAAACUAAUUGUAGAUUAUACUAAAUUAAAAUCUUGUCAGUUUCUUAAGUCAUUUUGACGUGCCAUGUGUUAUGGUAUUUCCCUUGUCUAUUUAUAGCUGUGAUCUACCUCUAUUUUUUUACUUUUUUAACCAAGUUAACAAAAACAUGCAUUUAUUAUUAAAAAUGCUGUAACAAAUACAUGCAAUUGAUAAAUGUUACUAAUUAAUAAAUAUUGUAGUUGAGUAAUUCAUAUCUGUGAGAUAGGGGAAAAAAAGAGUCUUUAAAUAAAAAUCAUUUGUUUUGAAGUACAUGCCACAAGACCUUUUAUAUUCAUGAAAUGGAAGUAUUUAUUUCAUAAGGAUGACUGAAUGUAGUUAAUAAACAUAGUGUAAAUAUUUUUUUAAAAUAAUAGCUAUGUGCCAAGGAGUUUCGUAUGUUACAUGAAUGAUUGAAAAUGUAAAGUUUAUGAAUGAACACUUAUUUAUAGCCAGAGCUGUUGCAUUUAGUAUCUCCAUUGUGUUCUUGCUCUCCUCAAUAUAUCUGUUGAAAAUAUGCUUUAAGCAUUUAUACACCUUUUUUAAAUCCAUUUGGUGAUAGAACUACUAUAGAAAGAAUAUAUGUACCAUUAUGUAACUUUCCUGACUAUCUUAACCUUCCUUUUUUUAGAAAUUUUAAAAUACUGAAACGAUUAUAGUUACUAUGUAGAACACAACCAAUUGAACAAAUCCACAUUUUGACCUUUACAUAGAAUUUGUCUCAUUCAUUUUUCUACUCACUAAAAAUGUUGACAUUAUUUUAGGUUUAAAAAUUUGUUUAACUAUGAAAGCUUUAAAAGAUUCCAUCCACUGUAAGAUAUGUAUAUAUAUAGUUUUAUAGUGUACACUUAUUUAUUUACACAACUAUACUGUAGCUUUAAUUAUAUCAGUCCUACAGACUUCUGUGAAGCUAAGGAAAGGACUCUGUUUCUGAGUUUUAAAGUUGGAACACAGUUUACACCAUAUUCUAGCAUUUUGUUACAGAUUUUGUUUUCAUAUUAAUUCUGCGACUGUAUGAAACAGCUCUAUCUGAUGUUAGCAAUAAUAAGCUGUUAAUCCAGCAAUAAUUAUGAAACAAGUGUAAAUCAUGUUUUAAGACUUUGUAUAUUAAACUGUUUUAAAACACUAA